UCGGUGGUUUUGGGUUCGUGUUGCUUCUUCUGCAGCAGCAGCGGCUGGAGGGGGCGGGCUCUCGGGUUUCCUUGGCGACUUGAAGUGCCAAGGAAGGAAGGGCUGGAGGCGGCAGGAUUGCUCUCUUGCCAUGGGCAGCAGUGCUCGGCCGCCGCCGCCGCCAACGGGCUAAGAGCGGGGCUGGCGGAAGGCCGGGCUGGGCGAGGCGGCAAGAACAGGUUUGCUGCAGGAGGGCAUACCAAUAAUUGACCUAUUUAACACUUCACAAAAUAUCAUAAAUGAGAGAGGAAGUUUAAUCUCUGCUCAGACAUGAGCAGUGAUAGUAACUCACUGGCACGUGAAUUUUUGUCAGAUGUCAGCCAGCUUUGCAAUGCAGUGGACCAAAGGGUGGAGGCCAGGGAGGAGGAAGAGGAAACACACAUAGCCGCACUGGGGCAAUACCUUAUCCAAGGUCGUGGAUUCAUUUUGCUUACUAAACUUAAUUCCAUACUUGAUCAGGAACUGACCUGUCGCGAAGACCUUCUUACUCUCCUCCUCUCACUUCUGCCACUAGUAUGGAAAAUACCUGUACAAGAAGAAAAGGCAUUAGAUUUUAAUCUGCCCUUCUGUGUUGAUAUAUGCUUGACCAAAGAGGCAACUCCAGGUUCUCUCAAAUCUACUCAGGAAAAAGAAGAUCUAGAAGAAAAUCCUCAUCUGUCUGCCCAGGUGUCUGUAAAAUUAAGCUCCCGGAAAAGUAGACGACAGCGCAAAACUACUCAUCGCUAUUCUGUGAGGGAUGCAAGGAAAUCCCAGCUAUCCACCUCUGAUUCAGAAGGCAAUUCAGAUGAGAAGACGGCCGUGAUUAUGAAGCACAGGAGGUCCCAAAUCCUGCAGCCUUUUCUAACAAACCCACCUAAGGAACAAUACAUUACAGGGAAAGGCAGCUUUCUAGAAGCUGGAGAAGUCCAGAGUUGUAAUCUCAGUAAGGAGCAUCUAGGUGACUCUGAACAGGUUAUUCCAGUGAAAAAAAUCAGUUCUGAGACUUCAGAGGAGCCAGCUUCACCACCUGUCAGCUGCCAGGACAAUUCUCCCUUUGACUUGUGUCAUGUCUUACUAUCGUUGCUCGAAAAAAUAUGCAAGUUUGAUAUUUCUGUGAAUCACAAGUCGGCGCUGGCAGCAAAUGUGGUGUGCACACUAACGGAACUUUUGUCCAAACUUGGAGACUGCUACAGUGCAAGCAGUACUGCCGAAAAUGAAGCCGUUUCCUCAAGCUGGGCAGAGGAAUCAGUUGCCCUGGCUCAGAGGAUGCUCUUUAGGACAGUCUUGCACCUGAUGGCUGUGGAUGUCAACAACGCUGAGACCAUGCCUGGCAACUUAAGGAAAAAUCUAAUUGAUUUGCUUAGAGCAGCUUUAAAAACUAAAUGUUUGCUGGAAAAAACACACGAGCCUUUUGCUUCUGGGCAAAAGGGAGCUUUACAGAAGGGAAUUCAUGGCAGCCUCGCCAUCUCAAGAUACCGCCACAGAGCCCUUCUUUUGCCGGAGUUUAUAGAAGGAGUUCUGCAGAUCCUGAUCUGCUGCCUUCAGAGUGCUGCCUCCAAUCCAAUUUAUUUCAGUCAGGCAAUGGAUCUUGCUCACGAGUUCAUACAGCAUCAGGGAUUCAGACUGUUUGAAACCACUGUGCUGCAGAUGGAAUGGCUGGUGGCCAGGGAAACCGAGAUAAAAUCAGAAGCAUCAGAAUACCUCUCAGCCCUCAUUAACAGCAUCAUGAAAAUAAUCAGCACCAUCAAAAAAGUGAAGUCGGAGCAACUUCAUCAGUCUGUGUGCACCAGAAAGCGGCACAGGCGAUGUGAGUACUCUCACUUCAUGCAUCACCACAGAGACCUCUCAGGGCUCCCGGUUUCUACUUUUAAGAACCAAGUCUCCAAGAACCCAUUUGAAGAAACGCUGGAUGGGGAAGUUCAUUAUCCUGACCGGUGCUGUUGCGUUGCUGUCUGUGCUCACCAGUGUUUGCGGCUGCUGGAACUGGUUUCACUUAACAGCACAUGUUUUCAGAUCUUGUCCGGUGUCCAUAAUGUGGGUAUAUGUUGUUGCAUGGACCCCAGGUCUGUAAUCACCCCCUUGCUUCAUUCUUUCAGAUCACAAGUAUUGAAAAACUUUCAGCCACAUAUAUUAAGCAUCCUUAAUAAAUUUAUAUUGGACCAACUGGGAGGAGCGCAGGUCUCUCAAAAACUCACGCAGGCCUCCUGCAACAUUUGUACCAUUGACUAUGAUCAGCUUGCUGAACUGGAUGAUGUCUUGCAUGGGAAUCCCACUGACGUUUCCCCAUCAAGUUCUUCAACUCCCUAUAGGUUUCAAGGAAUUUUGCCUAGCAGAGGGUCUGAAGACAUGUUGUUGAAGUGGGAUGCCUUGGAGGCCUACCAAAGCCUUGUUUUUGAAGAGGACGACAAACUGCGCUGCAUGCAGAUAGCCAGCCAUGUUUGCAAUUUGAUUCAGAAAGGCAACGAAGUCAUUCAGUGGAAACUGUACAAUUAUAUAUUCAGCCCAGUGCUCCAGAGAGGUGUUGAAUUGGCUCAUAACUCUCAACAACUAGGCGUUACUACAGCCAUCAGCCAGGCAGGCAGCUACCACAAAUGGAGUUUGCCUCAGGAAGUGCUUCAAAUCUAUUUGCAGACUCUGCCUGCGCUGUUUAAAUCCAGAAUAGUAAGAGAGUUGUUCAUAAGCUGCAAUGGAAUAAAUCAAAUGACUGAACUGCAUUACUUGGACUCUGUAAGAAGUUAUUCUUUGAAAGUGUUCGAAACAUUAAUAUUUUGCCUUGGAGACCAGCAGACGGACCAAGUGAUUCCAGACUUAGAUGUCUUAGACAAUGAGCAAAAGAAGUCUGCGUUAGAAUUAGGUGCUUUGGUUCAUAGGCAGCAAGCAGCUUCAGAUGUGCCUCAAAGCCUGACCAAAUUUUAUGCUGGGCUCAAAGAAGUCUAUCCAAAGAAGAAGAAAUCAGUCAGUCAAGAUGUUCACGUCAACAUGAUAAACAUAUUUCUCUGUGUUGCUUUCUUAUGUGUGAGUAAGGAAGCAGAGGCUGAUCGAGAUUCCACUAAUGAUUCUGAGGAUACUUCAGGUUAUGACAGCACAGCUAGUGAACCUUUGAGCCACAGGCUCCCAUGUCUGUCACCAGAAAGUCUCUCUUUGCCUUCUUUGGAACAUAUCCAUAGGGCAGCAGACGUUUGGUCGAUGUGCCGCUGGAUCUAUCUGUGCAGCUCAGUUUUCCAAAGACAAUUCCAUAGACUUGGUGGCUUUGAAGUAUGUCAUAAAUUGAUAGCCAUGAUUAUUCAGAAACUUGCCAAAAAAGGAGCCAAGGAACAAGGCGAGCAGGAGAAGCCUGUUGAAAUGAGUAAUGAGAGAGGGCAGUCAGAUCAGGAUAGUCUUGAUGAAAAUCUUGACGGUGUAGGACAACCUGAAUGCCCUUCCUGUGACCAUUCAAGAGUGGAACAAAAUUCAGCUGAUGGCACUGCAACGUUGAAAAGAGCUUUCAUGCAGGAAAACGAGUGGUCACUCCAGGGUAUAAGACUCUUGGAAGCUCUGCUAGCUAUUUGUUUACACAGUGCAAAUAAUUUCCAGCAGAAGUCAGAAAUGGAGUCUCUUCCCCAGAAUGUGUGUCCAGAAGAUAUAUUACUUGAAAUGCGAGACCAUCUUACAAAAUCUAGAAUAAUGGAGACUGACUUGGUGAAGCCUUUAUUUGAUUCUUUGCUUCGAGUUGCUUUGGGAACCUAUUUUGCUGAUCUUGAUCAUUCUGAAGAGAAGAAAGAAAAGAUCCAGCAGUCUGAAAAGGAACCUGCACCUCAGGCUGGUGAUAUAUCUGAAGAAGCUGAAGAAUCCCAGUGCUGUGGCUUUACAUUUUUUGCUGAAGAAGAAGGCUAUGAUGCAGACAGUGAAAGCAAUCCUGAUGACAGUGAAAGCAAGGAUGAAGGAACAGACAUUAAGAAAGAUAAAGGAUGUUUCGGCUAUUCCAGUUUUGCCAGUGACACAGCAGAAACCCUCAUUCAAGGGGAAUUAAUAUAUCCUGAAAUCUGUAUGUUGGAAUUGCAUUUACUCUCUGCUAGCAACCCAAGCCUAGAUGUCCUUACACAUGUUUUCCAGAGCUUCUUGAAAGCAAUCAGGCUGAAGGGAAAAAAUGCAAUGUUACUUAUGCAGCAGGGAGCUGUAAAGAGUCUCUUGGUAGGGUUCCUCCACAUAUUGACACAGACAGAUUCCGAUUUUCAUGCAUGUCAGCAGGUGCUGGUGGAUCUGCUGGUGUCUCUGAUGAGCUCAAAAACCUGUUCAGAAGAGCUGGCUCUUCUUUUAAGAAUCUUUUUGGAAAAAACGCCAUCUACGAGCACGUUGCUCAAAGGAAUUCUGAAGAUUUUGGAGACAAAUACCGAGAUGAGGCCCUUACAGCAUAUCUCAUUUCCUUUGCAUCAAAUACCAAAUUCAGGAAGUAGCCCUUCGCAAAAACCAACUCUUAGUUUUGGCAGCAAAACCAUAGGACUACUAAAACGAGCAAAGUUUGCACAGACCAAGAAGGAAGCAGAGGGGGAGAGCUUGCCUCACCAUCUACUUUCUUCUUGGCAUGUUGCUCCAAUCCAUUUGCCUCUGGUUGGGCAAAACUGUUGGCCGCAUAUGUCUGAAGGUUUCAGCAUCUCGUUGUGGUUUUGUACGGAACGCAUUCAUGAAGUAGAUAUUUCUUUAGAGAAAGCAAAAAGAAUGAAAAGGAGGAGCAAAUCACUGAUUUCACACGACAGCAGUUUUGAUGAUAUGGAAGAAAGCAAAGCUGGAAUUGAUCACCUCAGUUUAGGAGACAAACUUCUUGAAGAUGGUUGCCUUCAUAUAUUUUCACUGGGGUCCAAAGCAUUGAUGAUCCAAGUGUGGGCGAAUGUGAACACUGGAAGUUUCACAUUUCGUAUGUGUAUGGACCCAAACGAUGAAAUGAAAGCUGGGCUAUUAGCACAAGCGGAAACACCUGAGAACACAUUCCUUGUAGGCACGUGGCAGCAUAUGGCACUGACAUACCUGCAACAGCCAGAAAGCAAGAAAAACAUCCAUGGAACACUGUCCUUAUGGAUUUCUGGUCAGAGAAAACCCGAAAUUAGUUUAGAUUAUACCCUCCCGAGGAAAACAAGCUUAUCUUCUGACAGCAACAAGACCUUCUGUAUGACUGGCCAUUAUACAUCAUCCCAAGAUGAGUAUUUGCAGUUGGCUGGAAGAUGGGACCUGGGAAAUCUGCUGCUCUUCAAUGGUGCAAAAAUUGGGCCAGAAGAAGCAUUUUAUCUUUAUUCUUGUGGACCAGACUUUACCUCUGUAAUGCCUUGCAAAUAUGGCAAAACAAUAAGUGAUUAUACCAAAUACAUAGAUAAAGAAAUUCUGCAAUGUGAACAAAUCAAAGAACUCCUAAUGACAAAGAGAGAAGUGGACACUGGACCUUUAACGGAAAGCCUUGCUACUGUUUACACCACUUGCUGCCCUGGCCACUAUACAAUCUAUGAGCCAGUAAUCAGGCUUAAAGGUCAAGCGAAAACCAUUCCUUCCCAACGACCUUUCAGCUCAAAAGAAGUACAAAGCAAUUUGCCAGAUCCUUAUUACCUGAAAAUGCUACAGCCUGCAGAAUACAAAGGUCUUCAGGGCAUACUGCACGAGAUUGGUGGAACUGGGUCCUUUGUCUUCCUUUUUGCCAGGGUUGUGGAAAUCAGCGACUGUGAAGAAACCCAAGCUUUAGCUCUGAAAGUUAUCCUUGCCUUAACCAAACACAAUCAGCAGAGAAUACAUGAGUUAGAAAACUGCAAUGGUUAUUCCAUGAUUCAUCAGGUGUUAAUAAAGCCCAAAUGUAUUGUUGGAUUUCAUAUUUUGCAGACUCUCCUUGCAGGAUGCUGCAGUGAGAAGAUGAUUCAUCUGAAUGAAAAUGGGCAGUUCAUACUAGAUGUAGAGUCUAGAGCGGUGAUUCAAGAUGUCAAGCUGUUGGAAGAGCUGCUACUUGAUUGGAAGAUAUGGUCUAAAGCCCAGCCAGGUGUUUGGGAAACACUCUUAUCAGCUCUGGAAGUCCUUAUCCAUGAUGAUCAUUGGCAGCAGACGUUUAACAUUAAGCAGCUCCUCAAAGCUCAAGUUGUGCAUCACUUCCUUCUCACAUGCCAGGUUCUGCAGGAGCAAGAAGAAGAAAACUUCACAUCUAUGCCUACAGAAGUUUGCACAUCAUUUGUGAAAAUAAUUGAAGAAGUACUUGGUUCUCCCCCAGAUCUGCAAUUGCUGGCACUGAUCUUCAAUUUCCUUUUAGCAGUUCACCCUCCUACUAAUACAUAUGUGUGCCACAAUCCCAGAGACUUCUACUUUUCCCUGCACAUAGAUGGCAACAUUUUCCAAGAGAAGGUCCAAUCCAUUAUGUAUUUGAGGAAUUCCAGCAGUGGCGGAAAAUCUAUUGACAGCCCAGCACUGGCAAUUACAAGUCCAACUGGAUUUUCAGCUGUUUGUCAAGAAAGAAAUGAUUCUUCUGAAAUCAGUGAACUACAGACAGCGGUUCCUCAGGCACCUGACCGGCGGUGUAAAAGCCUACCAACAUCUCUUACUUCCUCUCCACAAAUGCACCGAAAAGGGUUCUGUGGGAACAUGGGCAGCAGUGCUGAGAACUUGAAUCUACUUCAAAAGACUGACGUAGAUGAGCUACUGCAUAAAAAUAAUUUGGUAAAGAGCUUGGAGGUCUUUAAAAUGAUGCAGGAGGCGCAUUUACUCAGUAGCUGCGAAUCUGCAAAAACAGUUGUAAACGUGGGAGAGUUGACUUCUGCUGAGACGUUUGAUAUUUCAAAGGAAGAGGUGGAAAUGUUGGACAAGCCUUCAGAGAACCAAGAAGCAAACACAGGAAUGAAAUCUAGUGAAGAUGGCGCUGGACCCGCAUUGUCCCUGAGGCGUCCUGACAAUCUGAAAGGGUUGUCUACCUUUCAGAAAAGUCAUGGCAACUUUGCAGGUUUGGGAUUAGCCUUUUCAGCUCAUAGUGGAUCCACCAUUGCUCGUUGGCCAAGCCUGGCUGAUAAGAGUGUAGCUUCGGAAGACUGGGAACAUCUCGCCUUUUCCUCGACUAGCAAACAGGCUCCUCUGAAAUCCGAAAGCACUGCUGAUAGAUCAACAGAAGACUGUCUCGUACUCGUAUGCUGUGGUUUUUAUCAGCUCUUGAGGAGAGUACUUUUGAUCUUGCCAGAUGUCAUGCUUCAAGAUGUGAUGGACAAGCUUAUUCAGCCAGAUGUUCUCAUAGUUCUUGUGAACCAUCCGUCUCCUCUCAUACAACAAGGAGUUAUUAAACUUUUGGACACGUAUUUCAGCAGAGCAACCAGGGAACAAAAGGAGAAGUUCCUGAAGAAUCGUGGUUUCUCUUUGUUAGCUAACCAGUUAUAUCUUCACCAAGGCACUCAAGAACUUAUGGAAUGCUUCAUGGAAAUGCUGUUUGGUCGAUCAGUCGGUCUUGAUGAAGACUUUGAUUUAGAAGAUGUGAAAGGUGCUGGACUUUUUCAAAAGUGGUGUGUGAUACCUGUUCUGGGGCUUAUAGAGAACUCCCUCUACGAUAGCAUCCUGCUGCAUAACUCCCUCUGUUUCCUGAUGCAAAUCAUAAACUCCUGUUCUAAAAUGGCAGACAUGCUGCUAGAUAAUGGCUUGCUAUAUGCACUGUGCAAUACUUUGGCAGCUCUCAACGGGUUAGAAGCCAACAGCAUCUCAAACGACUACAGGUUACUUGUGUGUGAUAUACAGCAGUUACUUGUAGCGGUGACAAUACAUGCCUGCAGCUCUUCAGGUUCCCAGUAUUUUCGGAUUAUUGAAGAUCUCAUGGUGUUACUUGGACAUCUUCAGAACAGCAAGAACGAAAGAACACAGAAUAUGGCCAUUGCUUUGCAGUUCAGAGUCCUACAAGCAGGCAUUGAGUUCAUAAAAACCGCAGCAAAUCAAGACUCAGAAGAUCUAAGCAAUUCGUCCCAAUUAAUUCCUUCACAUCAGCAGGCUGUAUUGCAAAAACGUCAGAGCAUCGCUGGUUCAAUUGCAAUGAAAGACUCCAUUAUUCCUCAUCUACCAAGACAACAUUUCCUUUCUUAUGGUCAACUUGAGAUGCCUUCCUCCUUCAGUCUGUUAAAUUUGGAGUCGUCUCUCCUGUCCCCUUUUGGAACUGCUUUCUGUUCGUUCCCUACAGAUACAGCUAGAAAAUUUUCUCUUGCUCAGUCAGACACAUUGCUAAUGAGAAUGCGCACAAUUGCAAGCGAUGAACUCAAUUUGAUGAUGCAGCGAAGAAUGAGUCAUGACAACCCUGUUUGUGCCACCGAAGCAGAGCUUACACAGAGGUUACAGAGAAUUACUGUUCUGUCAACCAACAGGUUCAUGUAUCAAGAGUUUUCUGAAAACUGCCUUGAUAUGCUGGACAUAAUGGAGGACCCAGUGCAGAGCAGACUUUCAGUUUCACAGAUGGAAGAGGCAGAAAAGGAGGAUCAACCAGAGCAACCUAGCCUUAAAUUUGCUUUCUUGAAAGAAAUUUUGAAGAUAAUGAUCGAAGGAAUUGGAUUAUCUGUUGGCACAAGUAGAUCUAGUACCCCGAAGCAACAGUGGAAGAGAAUUCUCUUGUCAUGUAAGGAUACAUUUCGCGUGCAGCUUGGAAGAUUGCUUGUGCAUGCUCUGUCUCCAGCACGCCCUUUACAGGAGAGAAAGCAAACUCUGGAGAUCCUAUCUGAAAUCAGCCACCAGGAAAUUUUGCGAGACUGUCUAAGUCCAACUUUGCAACAUGGGCCCAAACUGUCUCUCUACUUAUUUGAGUUAAUGCACGAUCACAAGGAGCAGCUGUCCAAUGAAGAUCAGUUAGCAGUGGGAGUGUUUAUGAAUGCAUUAAAACUUUGUGGUUACAAAUAUAUUCCUCUCAACGCACCACCAAAGCCAGACCUUAUAAAAGCUAUGAGAGAGGAUCAAAAAAAAUAUGAGGCAGAGGAAGAUGUAAACAAAGCUGCUUGGGAGAAGACUAUGGCUAAUAAUAGGAAAACCCUCUUUCAGCGCCUGGAUGCAAAGUCGAAGGACAUUUCUAAAGCAGCUGGAGAUAUCACCCAGGCUGUGUCUCUGUCCCAAGGAAUAGAAAGAAAGAAGGUGAUUCAUCACAUCAGAGGAAUGUAUAAAACAGACUUAAGUGCUAGCAGGCACUGGCAGGAACUUAUUCAGCAACUAACACAUGACAGAGCACUCUGGUAUGAUCCAAGCUCCUACCCAACGUCUUGGCAAUUAGAUCCGACAGAGGGCCCCAACAGAGAGAGGCGGCGUUUGCAGAGGUGCUACUUAACUAUUCCAAAUAAGUAUCUUCUCAAAGACAGGCAGAAAUUUGAAGAGGUUAUUAAACCCCCUCUGUCAUAUCUCUUUGAAGACAAAACACAUUCUUCUCACUCUUCUACUGUAAAAGAUAAAGCUGCCAGUGAGCAUAUAAGAGUAAAUCGAAGAUGCAUCAACGUGGCACCAUCUAGAGAGACUCCUGGUGAAUUGCUACUAGGUAAAUGCGGAAUGUAUUUUGUGGAAGACAAUGCUUCUGAUACAAUUGAAAGCUUGAGCUUUCAUGGUGAAACCGAACCAGCAUCGUUUUCUUGGACAUUUGAAGAAAUCAAAGAAGUGCACAAACGUUGGUGGCAAUUAAGGGACAACGCUGUAGAAAUAUUUUUAACAAAUGGCAGAACUUUGCUAUUAGCUUUUGACAACACAAAGGUACGUGAUGAUGUGUACCACCACAUCCUAACAAACAACCUCCCUAACAUCUUGAAGUAUGGCAACAUUACAGCAUUAACCCAACUGUGGUACACAGGACAGAUCACUAAUUUUGAAUACCUCACUCAUUUAAACAAACAUGCAGGCCGUUCCUUCAAUGAUCUUAUGCAGUAUCCAGUAUUUCCCUUUAUACUUUCCGACUAUACUAGUGAAACACUGGACCUCAAUGAUCCAUCCAUUUAUAGAAAUUUGGUCAAACCCAUAGCUGUACAAUCAAAAGAAAAGGAAGAUCGUUAUGUGGACACUUACAAGUAUUUAGAAGAGGAAUACCGUAAAGGAGCAAGAGAAGAUGACCCGAUGCCCCCUGUGCAACCUUAUCACUAUGGAUCUCAUUACUCCAAUAGUGGAACUGUACUUCAUUUCUUGGUUAGGAUGCCACCUUUCACAAAGAUGUUCUUAGCUUAUCAAGACCAGAGUUUUGACAUUCCAGACAGAACCUUCCACUCCACCAACACAACCUGGCGCCUUUCAUCAUAUGAAUCCAUGACUGAUGUAAAGGAGCUUAUUCCAGAAUUUUUUUAUCUUCCUGAGUUUUUGGUUAACAGAGAAGGAUUUGAUUUUGGGGUGCGUCAGAAUGGGGAAAGAGUGAACCACGUGAAUCUCCCACCUUGGGCUCGAAAUGAUCCCCGACUUUUUAUCCUGAUCCACCGUCAAGCUUUGGAGUCUGACCAUGUUUCCCAGACAAUCUGCCAUUGGAUUGAUUUAGUGUUUGGGUAUAAGCAAAAGGGCAAGGCUUCAGUUCAAGCUAUCAAUGUCUUUCACCCUGCUACAUACUUUGGAAUGGACGUGUCAGCUGUAGAAGAUCCAGUUCAACGAAGAGCCCUGGAGACUAUGAUAAAAACAUAUGGACAAACCCCUCGCCAGCUGUUCCACACCGCACAUGUCAGCAGACCUGGAUCCAAACUCAUUAUGGAAGGAGAGCUCCUUGCUCCCAUGGGGCUAUUGGUGCAGCUUGCAUUCAGAGACACAAAGGAGCAAACUAAAGAGAUCACAUAUCCGAGUCCUUUACCUUGGAUUAAAGGCUUGAAGUGGGGGGAAUAUGUAGGUUCCCCAAGUGCCCCUGAUCCCCUUGUCUGCUUCAGCCAACCACAUGGAGAAAGGUUUGGCUCCCUGCAGGCUCUGCCAACAAGAGCAAUUUGUGGUUUAUCCCGGAAGUUCUGUCUUCUGAUGAUCUAUAGCAAAGAGCAAGGUGUAAGAAGCAUGCACAGUACAGAUAUCCAGUGGUCAGCCAUUCUGAGUUGGGGAUAUGCUGACAAUAUACUGAGACUGAAAAGCAAGCAAAGUGAACCUCCAGUUAACUUUAUACAGAGCUCACAGUUUCAUCAGGUAACAAGCUGCGCUUGGGUGCCUGACAGCUGUCAGCUUUUUACUGGCAGCAAGUGCGGGGUCAUCACAGCAUAUAUGAACAGAUUCACUAGCAGCACACCAUCUGAGAUUGAGAUGGAAUCUCAAGUGCAUCUGUAUGGCCAUACUGCAGAGAUCACCAGCUUGUUUGUCUGCAAGCCUUACAGUAUAAUGAUAAGCGUGAGCAAAGAUGGAACUUGCAUCAUUUGGGAUUUGAACAGGCUCUGCUACGUGCAAAGUCUUGCUGGGCACAAGAGUCCUGUAACAGCAGUGUCUGCUAGUGAAACAACAGGUGACAUUGCAACAGUUUGUGACUCAGUUGGUGGUGGCAGUGAUCUGAGACUUUGGACCGUGAACGGUGAUCUUGUGGGACAUGUGCACUGCAGGGAAAUUAUAUGCUCUGUUGCUUUCUCUAACCAGCCUGAAGGAGUCUCUAUCAAUGUGAUUGCUGGAGGGCUGGAAAAUGGAGUUGUACGGCUGUGGAGUACGUGGGAUUUGAAACCUGUGCGGGAAAUUACAUUCUCUAAAUCAAAUAAACCUAUUGUAAGCCUUACAUUUUCCUGUGAUGGCCAUCAUCUCUACACAGCAAAUAAUGAAGGAACUGUUAUUGCUUGGUGUCGCAAGGACCAAAAGCCCUUGAAACUCCCCAUGUUUUACUCAUUCCUGAGCAGCUAUGCAGCUGGCUGAUGGCUGUUCUUCCUCCUUGGCCUUGGUUAUUUUGAAGCGCUUUCAGUCCAGGGUAGAUUAUAGAACUUCUUCUGUUUACCUGGAUCUUGAAGUACUCUUUAACAUCUUCAUGAUAACAGAGUAGAUUAGCAAUAUAUCAGUGAAAGGCUGCUACGAAUGCUCACGCACCAGACCAUAUCACUGGUUAUAGGAAACUUCUGGUGUGCUUUUUUUCAGGAGAGAGUAGAAGCGCUAACCCAGAAGUUUAAAUGCUGCAAUGUAUAAUGUAAAAAUAUUUUUACAAAUCAUUUCGUGGACCUGUAUAUUCUAAAUCCUGAAGCACUAAUGGUGACUUCUGCCCCUUUGUGUUGUAAAAAAAUAAAAUAGAAUUAAAAUACUUCAAAAGGUUUAUUAAAAAAAAACAACAAGGUCAGUUUGUGUGUAUAACUUAUUACUUGACUGUAGUACACCUUUCUCUAGAAUGGACACACCCAGUUACCAGUGUUUUAAAAUUCAAGAACUCAGAUUUGCUUUAUAGAGAAGCAAAUUAACUCUGUAGGUGUCUCUACACCAAUGUUGUUGAAAUACCUGAAGUACAAUUCUAUGAAAUGUGAUUCUAUUUAUUCACUGUCUUAAUUUAUAACAGACCAUAAGUCUAUAGCAGUUUAAGUAUAUAUGCUACCUGUAGUUUAAUAGGCAAAACUGUUGUGACAACAUGAAGCAAUACAGAGAUCUUUCAAAAUAAUUUCAAAUUGUAUAAAUCCCAAAGACUGGAACAUCUUGUGGUUUAUACUCUGGACAUCAAGAAUGGGGAAGCAGAAGCAGAAAUAUGCUUCUAUUUGUCAUGUAAGAAUUGUAAAAACUCUGUAAUGGCGGAUGGGGAGGGGAGCAGAAUUAUGACAAUCUGGCUAACUGAGCAAUUCUGUUAAUUCAGAUAUUUAAACUCCACCAAAACUAUUUUUUUCCAAUUCAGUUUUAGCAAUGGUAGGGGGUUGAAAAAGUAUAAAUAUUAUAAUUGUGUUAAAAUCAUUUUGAUUUGUUUAAAAACUGCUUGAAUUACAUUUUUAAAAUAUAUCUGUAUAAUACUAAUGAAGAGUUACAUGCACAGAACAUGAACUCACGGAAUAGGAACUCAUAUGUUUUCUUUUAAAAUUAUGCAUUUAAACAUAAUUAUGACAUUUUCAGCAUGACUCCCCCCCCCUUGUUAAAAGCAAAUUGUAACAAUAUUUACAAUUAGCAGUUAAAUAUGUAAAGCCUUUAACAUUCAGUUUAUAAAAUUCUGAAUCUUAAUGGCUUUCUCAUGUGACUAGUUCAAUAAAUAAGUUUAUUUAAAUUUCUGAGAUACAUGUGGUAUAAAUGCAUCUACUCUCUUUCUCGGGGAAAAGCAAAUAAGCCCAGAAUUCCUUAGUGAUGUAUUAACUUAUACAUUUUUCCAUAAUCUACAUCUUUCAUUUUGUUCUUCCCUUUGAUGUUUCUUUUGCAUGUGCCUCUUUUAAAAGCAUCAUGAAAACUGUAACUGGUCACUUCAUAAAUAUGCAAUCAACACCCUUUUUCUGCUCAUUCAAAUAUAAGAUUGUAGGAGUCUUGAAGCUUU